CGACAGCCCGAGCCCCGAGAGCCCCGAGCCCCGAGAGCCCCGCGGGCAGCAAGGGGAAGCGAUGCUGAUGCUGGACUGCAGCUCCGAGUCUGGUAGUUUCAGCAACCUAUUUGAGACGGGAACCGCUGUGAAUGCACCUGCAGAUGCCUCUGGUCAGUCUCCAGCUCACUUGGCCGCUUGUGGUGGUGAAGCUUUUUUCCUACUUUGGCAACUGCAGACAGGAGCAAAUUUGAACCAACAGGAUUGCCUUGGAGAAGCCCCGAUACAUAAAGCAGCAAAAGCUGGGAGUCUGGAAUGUCUUGCUCUCCUUGUUGCUGGUGAUGCUAAAAUUGACUUGUGCAACAACAGUGGACAGACAGCAGCAGACCUUGCACUGGAUUAUGGCUUUCUGGAAUGUGCCAAGUUCCUCAGGACAAUUCAGCACACUCAGACAAUGAAACUGAGAGGACAGUCUGGAUACUCGCUAAGUGACAGACAUGGCUUGCAGAGAGAGGAUCCAACUGCACAGAAACAAGAAAGUGAAACCAGCAGAUCCAUAAACAGGAAGAGGAGAAGAUCAGAUGGUGUGUAAUAGUGUUGGUUUAAUACAAAUCUGAGUAUUUUAAAAUGCUUUUAGCAUCUAAGUAAAACAAACGUGUGUUAGAGAAGUUAGAUUUAGGAGCCUCCUAGUAAGGAUGAACUUGCAUAGGUACUUAAGGUUAGGGUAUUCUUGGAAAUGGACAGUAUAUGAGGAACUUCAGAGGCUACAUCAACACAGAAAAAAAAAUAAAUCAUUAGUACUCUUACUGAUGUACUGAUGAAGUAGCUACAGACUUAUUUUGUCCCUAUGACAGAUCUUGUCUCCUACCUGCCAGAAGAAACAGCUUGUAAUUCCAACAUGAAAUUAGGGGAAUGUAAAGUCUGAAGAACCAUGACUGGAUGAUACACCAAGCAGUCAGAUGUGUGUGCUGGGACAUUGUCUCCUUCUGAGAAGGAGGAAAGCUUGUUUAUUGUUACUUCUUACAGAAGCAUUUUUUGAGGGUUUUUUUUCCCCCCUGGAAUACUUGUAUUCAUUCAGUUAUAAAUAAAUUAGCAUAGAAAAAUUAAUUCUCUUUCUGUGUAAAUAUGACAGAAAAAUUACUAAAAUUCAGUAAAUACGACCAUUCUUUUCCCACUCCUAAAAUGCCUCAUCAAGAAUCCCAACAACAAACAAAGCCUUUGAACAGAUUCAUAAUGGACAAGACAGCUGGCUAAGUGGAACUGAAAGGCAGAGGACACUUUAUCUUUUUGUCAUGAAAGAAUUCCUUAAAACAAUUGGAUUUGGCAUUUAAUCUACAAAUAUUUUAGCAGAAGAGGAAAUACUAUAUAAACCUGAAGUUGUGCUAUGGAAAAGUACAGAGUAUUUGUUGCCUAAUAGAUGCAUUUAUAAGGAAUACAGUUCAAAGCAGGUAACUCUUAUUUCUAGAGGUUUCAUUUAAAAAAAAUAGUUUCUUAAUUUAAGUCAUUCAACCAACAUUUCUAUUUCAACUGGGUUUUGAUUGACUUAAAGCAUUAUUUUGAUAAAUAACAGGAGAGUUUUAUCUAGUUUAGCUGCUGUUCUGUCUCAGCAUAUUCAGCAUGAGAGUGCAUUUAAAUAGCCUUUGGUCGCUGAGGUAGGCACAGGUUAUAAUAGGCGUCCUUGUUCCAAAACUCCGGGCCCUUCCAGCCACACCAGCCCUGUCCAAGGAAAAGCAAGAGAGCUUUUAAAUCUACUUCAAAAUCUGGGUUUCCUGACAGAAAUUCCAAUUCUGUUUUUCCUGCUUUUUACUAUUGAGUCUAUUCCUAUUUUACUAAUUAUACUAAUCUGAGCUGUAUGAAUUAUUUUCAAAUGUCUGUAGAAUGCAAUGACAAUUUUCAGAAAGUUCUCUACACGCCUGGAAACACAUUAAUGGAAAACACAUUACAGAAAGACUCUCUCCCCCUUCCUCCCUCCCCAGCUUAAUUCUUAGAAAGUAUCAUCUCCUCCCCAUCCCCACCUCCCCACUACCUUCUGCUGCUCCUGAGAGGCUAAUGUUAUUCUGAAACACCAUCAUUCUCACAGUUUCCCUUAGUUCCUCCCUAGACACUUUUGAUGAGGAAAGUGGGUUCUGCAUUUAUUUUAUCCUCCUGGACCACUGAAACCAUUCUAACAGCUAGUAGCUCUAACAGCCUUUGGUCCUACACAGCCUUUGGAAAUUGUUUCUUCCUGUGUUCAUUUCAAGCUUUGAUCAUUAUAGGCCAGUAAAAUGUUUCUUAAAGA